AUGGAAGCACAGGUGAAUCUUCCAUGGCUAAUAACCGGCGGCUUCAAUGAGAUUUUGUGUGUUGCUGACACAUCCGGUGGUCCACCAAGGAACUCUGCGAUGAUGAUGCGGUUCAGGGAAGCCUUGGCCGAUUGUAAUCUGGAGGACAUGGGGGUUAUCACACUACCUCCAAAUAGGUCAGAUCACAACCUCAUUGUGGUAGAGAUAGCUGCUGCACUGGUUGUCAAAGUGCCAAGACUCAAGCGCUUUAGGUUUGAGAAUAUGUGGAUGCAACAUGGCGUUGCUGUUAUUCAGAAGGGAUGGUCCAUUCCCUCUAUAGGUGAACCUAUGAAGCAAGUUGGGUUGAAAAUUGGUUCAACGGGCAGAUAUAAUGAACUUUUAUCUUUGGGUGAAGCUUAUUGGCGUCAGAGGUCAAGGGUGCUAUGGUUGAAAGAAGGUGAUCUUAAUUCAGCCUUUUUCCACAAGAAAGCAUCUAACAGACGCAGUUGCAAUAAGGUGGGUUCUGAUCCUACAGCUUUGGCAGUAGUUCUUGAACAGAUUCAUCCAUGUAUUGAUAAUGAUAUGAACUCUUCUCUAUUAGCUCCAUACUCAUAUGAGGAAAUCAAGAAGGCUUUAUUCCAGAUGCAUCCAUCAAAAUCACCUGGACCUGACGGUAUUUUGGAUUUUGAGAGCAAUUUUACUCAUCUGACUCUUAUUCUUAAAAUUAAAGAGCUUAAAAUUGCAGCUUAUUUCAGGCCUAUAGCCCUUUGCAAUGUGGUGUAUAAAAUUGCUUCUAAGGUGCUUGCUAACAGAUUGAAAGUUAUAUUGCCUUCUAUUAUCUCUCCUCUUCAAAGUGCUUUUGUUCCUGGCCGUUUGAUAUAUGAUAACACUCUUGUUGCAUCUGAAGUUGCUCAUUUUAUGCAUAAGCUCCGACAUCAGAAUGAGGGGUUUGCACAAAAGUGGAUUGACACUGUUCUUUGUUCCAUUAGAAAAGUGCGUUAUUCUAUUCUGCUACAUGGUCUCUCGUCCCUUAUUCCUCAUGCAGUAUCCCAGGGUUCUCUGAAGGGGCUGAAGAUGAGUCCUCAAGCUCCAACUAUUCAUCAUUUGCUAUUUGCCGCCGACAACUUUAUAUUCGGAGAAGCAUCUGUGGUGGAAUGCUCUACCUUCAAGUCUAUUUUGAAUGUGUAUGAGCGUGCUUCUGGCCAAAGGAUUAAUCUAGAGAAGAGCAGUGUUGUCUUCAACAGGAAUGUGCAUCCUGAUACUAAAGCUAAUUUAGCUUCUAUGGAGGAGCCGUGUGUGGAGGACCAUGGAAAAUAUCUAGGACUUCCACUUCAUGGAUGGAGGUUAAUCACUAAUCCUAAUUCCUUGUUGUCUCGUUUGCUCAAGGCUAGGUAUUUUCCGAAUGGUUCUUUUUGGGAUGCAGAUAUGGGGGAUUCUCCCUCAUAUGCAUGGAGAAGCAUUAUGGAAGCUAGAACUGUCCUUCAGGCUGGAUUGUUUUGGCAGGUGAGCCCAACACCUGCAGUAGUAGAUUUAUUGCUACAAAUCGAGCAAUCAAAAGGUGGAGGAGAUCCAGCCUGGCACGAGCGGCUAAACCCUGACCGUCAAGGUCGUCACCACCAAUCUGGUCGAGAGGUCACCUCUAAGAAUGGCGGUGCUCGAUCCUCUCUCUCGUCUCUCCCUCUUCAGCCCCCUCGCAUCACUGAGUGCCUCGUUAGCGAUGAGACUAGAACCAUUGUCUUCACUGCUCGCAAUGACCAAGUUGACAUUAUGAAGCCUAGUACCACUGUGAUUCCAUGCAAUACAAAGAUUGACAUGUUCAUCAAAGGCACUAUGAGGCUUGCAGUUGAUAAAUGGGGUCGUGUUGAAGUCACAGAACCAGCCAACUUUGAAGUUAAGGAGGUGAAAAGCGGAAAAAGUAGCUUAGAGCAGAUAUCUAGAGUUUACGGAAAUCAGGUAAUAUCUUUGUCUAGUUUUAGGUGCAUGCCCAUAAUGCUUCAAUUCAUUUAUAUUAUGUUGAGAUGAUCUACACAGUUUCACGAUAUGGUAUAAAAGUUCUUUGAUAACAUUGUGGUUCCAAUUAAUUAUAAUAGUUCAAUUUUGUGCAUUUUAUAUGCAUUGUUUUCCUUGUUGAUCAUUACCUUGGCUUAUGGUUGCUCUAGUAUUUCAGGAAUUCAUUUUAGCUCUAGUAACAUGACUUGGAAACUAGAAUAAAAUAGAUCUUUAUUUGCUUAGCUGUGGCUUUAAAAUUUCCAACUUUUGUGUUUUCAUUUUUUUUACAUGAGCAAUUAUUGAGGUUCUGUUGCUUGUGAUCUUUUUUUGGUGUAGUGUUAUCUUAUGCAUUUUGGUUGUAAAUUAACAUUGCUUUACUUGUGUAAAGCUAAUACUGUGCAUCAUUAAAUUCUCUCAUCUCAUUUGUACAUUAAUAUCAGUGCAACUCUGUGUUCUUAUUUAAUUUAAAGUAAAUUAGUUGUUUCAAUAUACUUGCUUUUCAUUAGUUAGCUGCGAGAGUGUGAAUAGCUUGGUGAAGUAUAAUUUUCUCUUCCAAAGUUUUCACUAUGUCAAAUGAUUUCUCCUAUUUCUCCUGUUUAAUCCCAACAUAGUAAGCAGCUUAGACUGAAGUUAUUAGUGCAGUUUGUUGUCUAUACUUAAUUUAUUGAGAUUUUUUUUUUAAUUUCUCAAAAAAUGCUGAUUUAUUUUUUUCACUGAUGACCUUUGUUAUUAUCCAAGAAAAUAAAUUGUCAGUUUAUUUUACUCCUGGAAUUCACUCCUUUUUUCAUACUCAGAGAGUUGGGAUGGAAGCUUAGGUUCCAUUUGUUUCUGCAAGACAGUGAAUUUAGGGAUCGUCAACGGGCCGGGCCUUGCUAUAUUUUUAAAUAAUUGCGGGUCGGGCCGGGCCGGGCUUUAUUAAAAAUCAAAGGAUCCAAGCCCGUCCAUAUAAAGCGGGCCUUGCGGGC